CGUCGUACGCAAUAGCUCGUGUGGUCACCACAGGGAAAUACUACUGAACAAUUUUCUGUAUUAGUUCCUAGUUUCACCACACCAGGUGGCUCCGAAUGAUAAUCUGGCAUUUAUUUUAAGGCGUUACCUCUAAAAUAAUUAGCUUCUUACUUAAUACAGAGACGCUUGCUUUGAAGUUAUGCUGCAGUUUGAAUAUUGUUUUAAUAUUACUGAUUUUUUAAGAUAGCAAACGUGCUAAGAAGAUGUCAACAAUGUGGAGUCUACAAAUCUGUCAUCUUGACCAAAGUAUUUAAGGUACAUCUUGCACCUGACGCCAAUUCAGCAAUAGACAAUUGCUUCCAUGCUGUUAAUUUCCUAGUCAAAACGGCUAAACAAAUGCAUCAGUGACCUUAUUACAGAAUCUUCUGCCCAUUCCUAAUUUUAACCUCCACUCUGCUUUUUCAUGACUUAAUUAUUCCCAGCCCUGAACCUGACACCCUCUUAUAAACCUGUCCCCACCCCAUCCCCUUAACCCGGGUCCCAUCAGACCUGCAGCAUUGCCAUGCUGGGCUGUCUGCUGCGUAGGAGCAUGUCUCACAGACUGAGUGUGUUUCUGGUGGUCUUCGGCCUGGCCUGGUGUCUGCUGCUGCUUCACUACACCAUCACACAACCACAGCGCCAGAGCAGCGCAGAGCUCCGCCAACAGAUCCUCGAGCUCAGCCAUCGCUAUGUCAAAGUGCUUAGCGAGGAGAACCAGAACCCUUCAGGGCCCCAUGGCACCUCCAUGGCAGGAUAUGCUGACUUGAAGAGGACAAUUGCUGUGCUGUUAGAUGAUAUUCUCAGCCGUUUGGUGAAAGUGGAGACUGCUGUGAAUGCCUCCAUACAGAACAUCUCCCAUCCUGCUGCUGGUGCCGGCACUCUCCUUGCUGGCAGAGUCACUGUUUCCAGGUCCACCAAACUAAAUUUGUCUGCCCACCGGCCAGAGAGACGUAGUAACCCUCUGCACUUCCUGUCACAAUCACCUGACAGGUCACAUAAGCCGCACUCUUUGAAAUAGCAGACUGUGGCUAUGGACAUCUUCUGCAUCACUACAGCAAAGACUGAGAUACAGAUAUAUAUUUAUACAUUUUUCCAGCUUUUAGACAUUGUGCACAUGAGCUUCAGCUUGAUUGUUUUGUCUUAUAUUCAUGGAUCACAAGUAUAUUUUAUAACUUAUGUGCAAUAUGGAAUAUAAGAUGAGAGAGUGAUAGGAUGCGAUUUUUUUUUUAUACGGAUGAGUGUUUCAUAAUGUAUCUGCAAAAGACCAUGUACAGCAUUAUCUCCACAGCUAGCUAACGGUGUGUAGUGCACGUAGAUGGAUUCCAGAGCGAAGGUUUACACAUAGCACCUUUUAAUUGUUAAGACUUCAUGCGUUGCUAUGCAUUAGCUAUUGAACUGUGGAGGAAAUGAGCUGAUCCAAAGAAUUCUCUCAGUCAGUAGUUGAUUGAUGUCUCUAUAGCAGGUUGAUUUGUUUAAGGGGUGGGGAUAUACCUCAGUUGCUGUUAGUACAUGGAGCUGAAUCCCAGCAAAACUGAAUGCAGCAUUAAACUUUCAGGAGGAACUGUACCAGACAAACUCGAUCCAUACAAUAAAACAUGUACCGGACUUCAGAUGUGUCAGUGUAUGCAAGUGCUGAAAACAUUAAUUAUCAUCUAUCUAUCUACCCAGCUAUCUAUCAAUACACUUUA